AUGGCCCUGGAGGGCAUGGUCGGCAUUGGCAUAACCAAGCAGCCGUCGCUGCAAUGCCUGGACGCCGUGGAGAACGCGGCCCGACGUGCCGAGGCAGAAGAGGGUACGGUGGAGCAGAACACAACGCCAUGGAUCGCGAGGAAGAAGGUCACAGCGCUCGCCAUCUGCCUCGUCGCGUUGCCCGUCCUGAUGACUACGGUUAGCCGGCGGGACUCGCCGUGGACGCCCGCGUCCUUUUGGCCGUUGGCGACAUUCGCGCGGCAAGAGAAGCUCCUCGGCGGCCUGCUCGUGCCGGGGUUCGACGAGCGGUCGUGCCUCAGCCGGUACCAGUCCGCGUUCUACCGCAAGAACCUGACGCGGUCGCCGUCUGUGCACCUCAUCAAGCGGCUGCGCCAGCAUGAGGCGCUGCAGCGCCGGUGCGGCCCGGGCACCGAGGCGUACAGGGCCGCGGCCGCGCGGCUCAGGCCUUGGCGCCGCGACGGCACCGACGACGGCGUCUGCAGGUACCUCGUGCUGGUGCCAUACAGGGGCCUCGGGAAUAGGAUCCUGGCCGUGGCGUCGGCGUUCCUCUACGCCGUGCUCACCGACCGCGUCCUGCUUCUCGACGGGAACACGUCGCUGGGCGACAUCUUCUGCGAGCCAUUCCCGGGGACCUCAUGGCUGCUGCCGUCGCACUUCCCGAUCAGUAACCUCCAGAACCUGACGGGCGACGUGCGGGAGAGCUACAGAAACCUGGUGCAGAACGAUAGCGCGGCGUCGCUGGUGUCCAGGCUCCCGUACGUGUUCGUGGACCUCGACCAUUCCUGCACGUACCACGACAAGCUCUUCUUCUGCGACGACGAGCGGCAGUUCCUCCGCCGCGCGCCGUGGCUGGUGAUGAGGACGGACGGCUACUUCGUGCCGGCGCUGUUCCUGAACCCGGUGCACCAGGACGAGCUCAACAGGAUGUUCCCUCGGAAAGACUCGGUGUUCUACCUGCUGGCGCACUACCUGUUCCACCCGACGAACAAAGUGUGGGGACUGAUCACGAGGUUCCACAAUCCUCGCCUGCACGUCGCAAGAACACCUGCUCCCCGACGUGGUGACGCAGGAACCGCCCGUCCGUCGACGGCCGGUGCGCGGUCGAAGGCUGUCCUGAUGACCGGCCUGAGCUCGUGGUACUACGAGAACAUCCGGUGGAAGUACUGGCAGUCGGCGACGGCCACCGGCGAGGUCGUGAGCGUGUACCAGCCGAGCCACGAGGAGCACCAGCUCUCCGGCUACACGACGCACGACAUGAAGGCGGUGGCGGAGAUGUACCUCCUAGGCAUGACCGACAAGAUCGUCACCAGCGGCUGGUCGACGUUCGGCUACGUCGGCCACGGCCUCGGCGGGCUCACGCCGUGGAUCAUGUUCAGGCCCGAGAACCACACCACGCCUUACCCGCCGUGCCGGCGGGCCAAGUCGAUGGAGCCGUGCAUGCACGGGCCGCCCUUCUAUGACUGCAGGGACGAAGCACGGCACUGA